AUGGACGACGAAAUUGAAUCCAUCUUGUACAUUGCCAGAGAAGUAUCAGUGUACAAAAUCCCCCCAAUGAAGGCCAACGAAGGCCAUCGUGCCAACGAAUGGGGCGAUCUCAGCCAGCCACUGUGGAAAGGCAGGUUGAGGAUUAUGGAAAGGUCAUCCGGAGUCAAUAUUGUGUUCGAAGAUAGCCAAACUGGUGCGCUAUUUGCAAGUGCAGCCUAUGAUCCAAAGAAGCCGUGUGUCGACGCCGUCCUAGACUCUUCUAGAUACUUCGUCGUUCGCGUUGAGGAUGGCGGUAGGAAGGCGUACAUAGGCAUGGGUUUUGCUGAACGCUCUGAGAGUUUUGACUUCAAUGUUGCGUUGCAAGAUUACACCAAGCGAUGGAAGGCAGCUCAGAACCCUCCUUCAUCAGAGUCUGACCCAGUAACGCAGGGUGAAUCACCUCACAUCCCACCUGGCCCGAAGAAAGACUAUAGUUUGAAGGAUGGCCAAACCUUUUCGAUUUCGAUUCCUGGUCGCAACAAGCCUUCAUCUACCUCUCAGUUGUUGAACUCUUCAUCGUCAACCUCGACGAGCAGUGGUAUUCCCUUGCUGCCUCCGCCUCCAAAGCGUGGUUAA